CGACGGCUUCCUCGCGGCGCACGCGGAGGGGAACAUUUUUCCGCUUUAACGGCAACCUCUCUUCUCGCGGUUCGAGUGCAUUAGACGAGUUUCUACGUGGCAGCAUCAUGGGGUCCAGGAUGGGCUCUAGAAUCCUGAGAGGCGACGAGGAGGACAGCAUGAAGCUCUUCUGCUCGCAGAACGACGACUCGUCGUCGGCGUCGAACGCCAAGGAUGGCUCCGAAGGGGAAAAGAGAGGUCCCGGCAGGAAGCAGGAAGUGGAUCGCAUCGGAUACUAUCAAAUGAUCAUGUUCGUGAUAAUAAGCCUGCCUCUGUUCUUGUCAGCAGGAUUCACGCUUGCCUACGUGUUCACAGCAGGCGAAGUUAAAUACAGGUGCGCGGUGCCAGAAUGCGAGAAUUCAUCGAACACGGAGUUCCACACGCCCUGGAUGGCGGCCUCCGUUCCAGACAUGUCAGAGAUGUCCAAGUGCACCCGUUACGUGGUCCGAAAUCACACGGGGGCGUGCACGAAUCAGACUUUCAGUAACGCCACCGAGAAAUGCGACUCGUGGAUCUACGAUCCAUCGGAGAACACGAUACUCAGCGAGUGGGACCUUACCUGCGACACCAAUCGAUGGAAACUCACCCUCGUGGGCACGAUAAAUAACGUCGGCCAAUUCGUCGGGCUGAUAUUCGCCGGAUACAUAUCGGACAGAUACGGAAGACGCACGAUACUCACGCUCACCACGUUCCUGAGCGGAAUCAGCGGCCUGAUACAUUCCUUUUCGGUGAAUUAUUGGAUGUUUCUCGUGUUCGAAUUUAUCGACGCGACUGUCGCGGCUGGUAUCUACGGGGCUGGAUUUAUUUUAGGGAUGGAAAUGGCGGGAGUGAGAGGCAGAGUUCUAACCAGCACCAUCAUCUGCUGCAUGUUCGCAAUUGGCGAGAUGCUGCUCGGAUUGAUCGCGAUGUGGCUUAGAUCGUGGCGUCUGAUCCUCCGAAUGGUGUACGGUCCGGCAUUGCUCGCCGUCUUACUGCCCGUCCUGAUCCCGGAAUCAGUCAGGUGGCUAUUGGCGAAUGGGAAAUACGAUGAGGUGGAGAAUAUAUAUCGGAAAAUGGCGCGUAUUAACGGGCUACAGAUCUCGGAGGAGGCGAUCGGAGCGUUCAAAGAUUUGAACAUGGCGAAGACCGAGAAGACGGAGCAGAUCGUAGUGUCCGAAAAGAGGUCGCCAGUGAUGCAAAUUCUGAAUAGCCCGGUGAUGCUCACUCGCUUGCUGGCCUGCUCGUUUUGCUGGCUGACGAACACCUUCGUCUAUUACGGAUUGUCUCUGAACUCGGUGGCUUUUGCCGGUGACAAAUACCUUAAUUUCAUACUAGUCGCCAUCGUUGAAAUCCCGGCUUAUUUUCUGACCUGGUUCCUCACCGAUUACGUUGGCCGUAAAGCUACCCUCUCCUCGUCUUUCUUACUCAGCGGAGCAUUCUGUCUGGCCAUAGAAUUCGUACCGACAGGUUCCUUGAGCUUCCUGCGACUGGUCCUGUACAUGGGAGGGAAAUGGUGCAUCACGAUGUCCUUCUCCACGAUUUACAUUUACACGGCGGAGCUGUUCCCCACGAACUUGAGACACUCCCUCCUUGGAAUUUGCAGCAUGAUUGGCCGCAUGGGGUCAAUAUUGUCACCGCAAACUCCUCUUUUGGCACAAAUCAUGCCAGGGCUACCGUUGAUUCUCUUCGGAUGCAUGGGCCUGGUCGCGGGCCUGUUGUCGCUGAUCUUCCCGGAAACGUUGGGAACGAAACUUCCGGACACGGUGUGGGAGGCGGAAAAUAUCGGCAAAGUGCAGCAGAAGCAGAAGCAGGAGCUGCAGGAUUCGCCGUCUUAAAGGAAGGGGAUGUACCGCGACGCGUUAUAAAUCCGACGCGGAGGAACAAAACGCGAGAAGAUGGAGGCGAGGAAGGAAAAACGACGACCAACGAGACGGAGAAGAAACAAAUCAAAAAGAAAUCGAAUUGUAACGAAAAAAAAGAAGCUGAACCGAGAAACGUGCAACGGCGAUGGCUUUCAGAAGUUUCCCACCCCUGUGCGAGGACUAUCGGUCGUGACUAUCCGUUUCGCGGCUUGAAAGCUCGCGAGGAGAGAAUGGAUGGAACCAGAGAGAGACAAAGAGAAGAAGAAGACUCGCGAAGAACGGAAACGAAAAGUGCUUUCGACUCGUCAAAAUUGAUACAGUUAAAUCGUGAACAAUUUGGCAUAAAAUUGACCGAUUGCGAGACGAGUCGAGACGAGAUCGCAGAGGAAAUGGUAAUAGGAAGAGAAAGAAAACGUCGGGGGUGGAUUGACAACGUAUCGGACUUAUUGUUAGUCGAUAAUUCGCCGGCUCGUUCGUUCAUUUUUCCUUCAACAAUCGACAGAUAAGACGCGCGAGAUCGUUCCACUCUCCCUCGUACGUCGUUCGUUUAAUGAAUUUUUAACGCGGUUAAUUAUACCUCAUUCCUGCCUGUUAAGGCUAUCGCCGACUCGUCCGUGUUAUCUGUCGUCUAGACGUCUACGAUGUGCUACACUUACACCAACACACACAUACGCGCGCAUACACACCGCAUGACGCUUCUUCCAUUUAGGAGAGAAAACAUAAUUAUACUCAGGUAUUUACACAGUAUUGCUGCAUCAUGUUCGUAAACACAUAUUAGUCGGUAAUUAUGUCAGUCCCUGUCUGUGUUUCUGGAUCGAGCAUUUUGGAGAACUAUGUUCACCGGACAUUGGUUUCGUACAGUAAGCCGUACAGAGCACCGUGCCAUGAUAGUGCAUCGUCUACAAGAGUGAAGCAACAAUAACGAUAAUUUAAUUUCAUGUAUAAAUAUAUGUAUAUGUU